AUGGGUGACAAGGCUGAUCCAAAAUUCCCCCACAGCAUCACCCUCACUCUCCCCAUCCCCCCCCGCCACGCCCUCAUCAUCCGCCGUGCCAUCGAAAUCGACCCGGAAAUCUCUCCCCUCGUCUCCCGCACCUUCCUCUACCCCCCUCAUCCCUCCCCUUCCGCUCCGCUCCACCCCCGCCUCGAGGUCACCUACGCGGCCACCACCGCGCGCAUGCUGCGCGUCUCGGUCAACGCGUUCUUUUCGCAGCUGGCGGUUGUAUUGUCCGGGCUAGCAGAGCUGGAUGGGGAGGAGACGAUUGGGAGAGAGGGGUGGUGGGAGGAGGGGGUGGAUGGGAGGGAAGGGAGGGAGGGGUGGGGGGGUGUGCAGGGGUUAAUGGUGGAGGGGAAGGAGGCGAGGUGA